ACUUGACAACAUCCUUUAAAGUAUUUCUUUAUACUACACAUAUUUCUUCUUCACUAUCUCCUCUCCUACUAUCCUCUUAACCAAUUCUCUCAGUACUCUAUUCUACCAAAAUGAAGAUCACUGCCUUUGUAGCACUUAUCUCCCUCAUCUCUCAGGGUGCUCUUACAGUUGCAGCCCCUCAACAGUCUGUUGAAAGGUCCUUAGAGCGAAGAAACAGAUGGGAAUGCAGAUGCACAAGUAAUGGAGGCAUGCACGACGUUCAAGAUACUGAAGACACAUGCGCAUUAAGAGGUAUUAAGGGAACGUGGUUUAAACAGAACAAGAUGUGCUAUCUUGAUACAGCGGAGCAAGUGAGAAAUUUUCAAAGCCGUUGUAACUACAGGAGUGCAUGCCGGUUUGUUUAGCGAUGUUGAAAUAUUAAGACAGGGGAUUAGCAUCGCCAAGGGGAUAAGAGGCCAAGAAUUACAGCCGGAUUCCUAGACCUAGCAUAUUCAUCAUUAUACAGAAGC